AUGUUUUUCACUAAGCACCAGCCAGCAUACUGUGCAGCCUUUUUUCCACAGUGUAUUACAAAAACAACAUCACGUGCCGCCGUCGCCUUUGCCGCUGCUGCCGCUGCUGCCGCUGCUGCCGCUGCUGCCUCUGCUAUUGCCACCUCCGCUGUCACUGCCGUCACCGUAGCCGCAGCCGUAGCCGCUGGCACCCAGGGGCCUACUACCAGCACCGCUAAUACAUGGACACUGCUGGUUCCAUUGGCACAAAUAUCCCUACCGCAACCGCCCACAACAUUACAUCAAAAGCAUAAUCACAACAACCAAAAUGACCACGACCACGACGAACCCUACGACGAUAACGAUUAA